AUGAAAGUCAAAGCCUUUAUUCCCGCGGUUAUAUUGCUCUGUUUUGGGGUUCUGUUGGGUUUAGGGACUUCGAGAUUGUUGCAGAUUACUGAUGAAGGUAAGGAGUUGAGGAAUUACAUAAGUUGGGAAGACUUGAGAGUUGUGGAAGAUGUCGAAACAAAGAGGAGUUCUAGCAUCAAGGUGAACAAUAAUAACUGGUUGAUAUCAAACGCAAACGCAAACGCAAAGGCUACGAACGCGAGCAGAGUGAUUGUGGUUGAUAAGAAAGGAAGAGGAGACUCUGUUACAGUUCAAGGAGCUGUUGAUAUGGUUCCUGAUUCCAAUUCACAGAGAGUUAAAAUCUUCAUCCUUCCUGGAAUUUACAGGGAGAAGGUGAUCGUGCCGAGGACAAAACCAUACAUUUCGUUCAUAGGUAAUGAGAGUUAUGCGGCAGAGACGGUAAUUAGUUGGAGCGACAAAGCUUCAGACCGAGAUAGCAAAGGCGGUGAACUCGGCACUUACAGAUGCGCCUCUGUUACGAUUGAGUCUGAUUUCUUCUGUGCCACUGCCAUCACUUUCGAGAACACGGUGACGGCAGAGCCAGGAGAGUUAGGGAAGCAAGCGGCGGCGUUGAGGAUUACAGGGGACAAAGCAAUGUUCUAUAGAGUUAGGGUUUUGGGAUCACAAGACACUCUCAAUGAUGCAACUGGUUCUCACUACUUUUACCAGUGUUAUAUCCAAGGAAACGUAGAUUUCAUCUUUGGCAACGCGAAAUCACUUUACCAGGACUGUGAUAUUCGCUCAAUCGCAAAGAGAUAUGGAGCGAUCGCAGCUCACCAUAGAAGCAUAGAGAAUGAUGAUACUGGUUUCUCGUUUGUGAACUGCGAUAUCAGCGGUUCCGGGAAGGUUUUCCUGGGAAGAGCUUGGGGAAACUUCUCGAGAACUGUUUAUUCCAACUGUUUCAUUGAUGAUAUCAUCAUUCCUGUGGGCUGGAAUGACUGGGGCGACCCUGACAGGCAAAGUAAGGUGCUGUUCGGGGAGUAUAAUUGCAAGGGAAGAGGAGCAGAGAGACGAGGUCGAGUACCGUGGUCGAAGAGUUUUACACAAGAUGAAGUGAAGCCUUUUCUGGGGAGAGAGUUCAUAUAUGGAGAUCAAUGGCUGAGACUCUAAACCCUUUGUUAAACUUAAGCUAAAGCUAACAGGAGAUGAUGAUGACCUAAUUAUACAUUUGUAAUUACUUUACUAAA